UCAUACAUGAGGGAAAUUCGUACAAUGUCCACAGAAGCUUAUGAGCAUUUGGUAGAAAGAGACCCAAACACAUGGUAUAGGGCAUUCUUUGAAGCUGAGAGUUGUUGUGAUGCCAUGGAAAACAAUAUAUCUGAAUCUUUCAAUGCAGCAAUUGUAGAGGCCCGGAAGAAACCAAUAAUAACAAUGCUGGAAGAAAUCAAGUUGUACGAGAUGGAGAGGAUGUACAAUCAAAAGCUUAAGGGGCAUAAGUGGGACAUGGAAAUCUGCCCCUCUAUUAGAAAGAGGAUUGAGAAGAUGAAAGAACAACAAAGAGCCUGGCAACUCAGUGGUAUCCAUUGUGUGCAUGCCAUUGUUGCAAUAUUAUACCUGAAUGGAAAUGUAGAGGACUCUAUAGUAGUAUGGUUCAAAACAAGCAUGGUUGGAAGUUGCUAUAGGUAUCCAGUCAAACCAAUUAAUGGAGCUAACAUGUGGCUUGAUGUUCUAUUUGAUCCCAUAUUACCACCUAGGCGUAGGAGAAUGCCAGGAAGGCCCAAAGUAAACAGAAGGAAAUGUUCUACAGAGAAUGAAGGAAGGCAUACAAUUAACAAGACAGGGAUAUCCAUCUCAAGAUGUAGUAACUGUCAUCAAAAAGGACACAACAAGAGUUUUAACAAUGCAACAAAUAAAGAAACUGUUAGUGAAGAACCAGUUGGUGAAGAAGGUGAUGUUGAAGAAGGGGUUGGUGACGAUGGGGUUGGUGAAGAAAGGGCUGUUGAAGAAGGUGAUAUUGAAGACCACCAGAAGGAUGAAAUUGACCACCAAGAAGUUGUUGUUGAAGUUGUUCAAGAUGAAGUUGACCACCAUGAAGCUGUUGUUGAAGUUGCCUACUAUAAACAUGUUUUUGAUGAAGUUGACCACCAUCAGCAUCAACUUGUUUUUUUUUUCAGCAUUUUGGUUCCAACAAAAGGCAAUUGCCUUUUGAGAGGAUCACGAAACUGA